AUGGUAAAGUGUUCUCCAGCAGUCAGUGUUUGGAUGCACUAUAGGUACUCCCGAUUUGUUGGUUAUUCUCGGUUGAGCAGGUUACAGAUAGAGAAGGUGUUGUGUCGCUCAGAGGUCUUGGCUGUCAAUCCCACUCGAGUUCAGAUUUUUGUUCGAGUUAUUUGGGUUAUUUUUCGAUGCCUUGAUGAGGGGGCCCACCCCGUGGAGGAUAGCUGCCACGGUGGAAGUAAAAGUCAAGGUGGUCAACGUUCAGAUAUCAUCGAUCAGUUGGGCGAUAAGUGGAGCUUCGGCCGAUCGGACGAGACAGGAGUAGCGAAGUUCCAGCUGAACGGGCGGGACACAGGAGAAGCGAAGUUUGGGCCAAGUAGCCAACCCGCUCAGGCAGCAACAUACUCCCUCUAUUAUCCAUCAACAUCAUUUUGGGAGUUAGUGCCGCUGACACCAGGCAUGGACAACCAGAAGAUCAUACGGGAAAACUUUGGGAAGCAUGCUGACCUUGGGGAGCAUGCACGUGCUCUACAGGAACUCUAUAUAAAGGGGGAUCCAAGCAUCGGCGGAGUCUCAUCUGAGACGAUGAUGAACACCUUCACGCAGGAGUUGAUUGAAGGAGAGUUCUUCCGGUUACUCAUCAGGAAGCUGCCCAGGGACUUCGACCACCUACUCAGGAAGGCCAAUGAAUACAUAAACAUGGAAGAAGCCCAGACAGCGAGGAAGAAGGAAACGUCGGCCGAGCCUGCGUCGACGCUCGAGAGGCGACCAUCGAACAACCUGUUGGCCCUCAGUUGCUUGAAGGAUUGCACCUCCGAUUCAUGCAAUUAUGUCGUGUCCUACGAGGAUAAUCUGAGCUCUCUGGCCGGAGAGGUGAGCCAGUUGAAGAGCAAAAGUGAAGACGUCAAGCGAGAGGUGGAAGCAACGAUGAGGCAAGGCCUCAGGCCCCGCAACGAGGUGCUCGGCUGGCUUAGCGCCGUCGAAGAAGUAGCAGGUGAAGCGGAUCAAAUUCGCGCCAAAUACGAGAGAAUGGUCAAGUGUUUUUGCCGCUUUCCCGCCAACAUUUGUACCAGCGUCAAGCUUCGGAGAAGAGCCGAGGCAGCUCUCGCGUCUGCUCGGGAGCUGAAGCAGAGAGACUUGCCGGAGGUGGUCCACCGCCACAAUCUGGUCCGCUUCAUCAGGAUGCAAAAUCAACAAACGGCGGGGGCGGAGAAGGCGUUCGAGGAGCUCCAGCGACACGCGAGAGACGACGGCGUGACCUGCUUCGGGAUCCAUGGGAUGGGCGGCGUCGGCAAGUCCGCACUCUUGAGGGAGUUCAACAAUUACCUUGAGAACGAGCUGGAGUAUCUGGAUAUCAUCAUCUUCCUCGAGUCAUCGACUGAGCAUAAGGUGGAGGAGCUUCACAAGUUUUUGUUCGCCCGACUGAACCUGACAUGGCAAAACGGCGUGAGCCAGAUGGACAGAGCCGCCAACAUAUUCCGCGUCCUGAGCCAGUUAAAAUUCGUGCUGAUAGUCGACAAUUUAUGGGAGCCUUUGGAUUAUCGAGCCGUAGGAAUUCCAUUUCCGGAGCCGGAAUCUAGAUGCAAGAUCAUCGUCGCCUCACGGAUAGAGGACGUCUGCAGCCACAUGAGAAUGGAAAGGAUGAUUAGGAUGGAGCGCAUAGAAGAAGAAGCCGCCUGGGAGCUCUUCAGAUUCAAUGCAAGGCUUGAACCCAACGAAGCUGAUGAACGCAUAAUCAGAAUUGCUAAAGUGAUGGCCAGGAAGUGCGGCGGCCUGCCGGCGGCGCUCGUCGUCGUCGCCCAAACGAUGGCCAACAAGAAGACCGUCCAAGAGUGGAUGCACGCCGUCAACCUCAUGAGGGACGCUCCUUUCCAGCUUCCAGGUAUGGAAGAACGCGUUCUGUAUCCUCUUAAGCUGAGCUACGAUCGCCUUCUCACCGACAGGGAUCGACUAUGCGCCUCCUAUUUCUCUCUGGUGCCGGAAGGAUGUCUCGUCGACAACUAUUUCAUCAGGAAGCUAUGGAUCGGAGAAGGGAUCAUAGAUGACUUCAACAAUGUCUGGGAGUCUGCGAACGAGGCACACUAUUUGCUCGGAAUGUUGAGUUCAUCCUCUUUGAUACAAAGAAUUGACGGCAAAAGCUAUGCAUCAGAAAAACCAAUUGAAAGUGACAGAUUCAAAAUGCACCCGAUGACUCGAGCCAUGAUUCUGUGGGUGGGAAGGGAGUGCGGGAAGAAGGGAAGCAAAUGGUUGGCGCAUUAUGGAGAUGGACUAGCAGAAGCACCAACAGCUGAGAAAUGGAGGGUCGCAGAGAGAGUCGCGCUUGGUCAGAACAAGAUAAAAGCUCUGCCGGAGGCCCCUCAAGCUCCAGACUUGAUUUACCUUGAUCUUGGAUACAACGAUCUUCUCGUGAAAAUUCCAAAUGGUUUCUUCUCGCGGAUGCCGAAGCUCAAGAUCCUAGACCUGCAAGACAAUCCCAUAGAAGAUUUUCCUGUGGGGAUUUGCAAUCUGGCACUCCUGCAAUUUCUCACCCUAUCAGGCACUAAAAUCACAUCCCUGCCGAGGGAGCUCGGGGGUUUGGUGAACCUGAGGUACUUGGCAUGUUCAUCAACGACACGCUUGAAAAGGAUCCCUGACCAACUCAUGUCGAGGCUUCAGGAAUUGCGGUGGCUCAAGAUGUGCGACGGCUACAACCAAUGGAGGGCGGCACCAUCGGAAGAAGAGGAAGCUUAUCUGGAAGAGCUGGAAGUCCUGACGAAGUUGAAGGUUCUCGGAAUCGCCAUUAGCACAGUAACUUCCCUUCGGAGACUAUUCGAGUCACAGAGGCUAACGACGUCCGUGCAUUGGCUUCAAGUAGAGGACUGCCGAGGCCUGACGCGGCUCGACAUUCCGUCGACAGAAUUCCCUCAGGAAAGUAUGCCAAACAUUAUGGAGCUGCGAGUGCACGCAAUGAAUGAACUGGAAGAGUUUGCAAUUCAAGGUACUGCCCUUGCAAAUCUAAUGGAGCUGCACCUCUCCCAUCUUCCAAAGGCUUCCCUUGUCUGCAGGGCCGUUGGGUGCCUUGGAAGUCUUCGAACACUAAGAAUUGAGAACUGUAAGGAGAUAGCUCGACUAAUACAAUUGGACGCCGGGACAAACGAUGGCGAGGAGAUAGCCAUCUUCCCUGCUCUCAAACGUAUGGUGCUCAAGCGGCUGCCAAAAUUUGAGAGUUUUAGUGAUGAGAGUCGAACAGUGACAUUUUCUUCGUUGGAGAGCAUUGAGAUUGAAGAAUGCCCUAAACUAACAAGGCUUAAUCUGUGCUGUGGGAAGCUGAAGAGUGUCAGAAGCGAAAGAGCAUGGUGGGAUGAAUUGGAAUGGGAGGAUGAUUUGACCAAAUUGUCUUUUGAGAACCUCUUCAAACCUCUGUAG